UCGAAUAAAUAGAUAUAUUUACGAGUGGAUAUUUCACCUCUGAAUUCAGAAAUUUUAUUGUAUCUGCACAACGAUGUAUUCGACGCGUAAAAUUUUCGUAUGCUUUUUAUUCCUCAAUAUUGGUGGUUCAGUUUUUUUCGUCAAAAAUAUAGUUUCAGCCUUUGGAGGAGAACUACUCACGCCAGGUGUUGCGGUUCGAAGUAGCAUAAAAUUAGCUAUUGAAAAGACAUCCAAACUCCUCGGAUCAUGGAAACCGCUGACUAUAGUCACACCUUUGCAGGAAUCGUGUUUGGCUAAUCUAACUUCACAAUCGCUUGAUGUGACAGUCCUUACUCCUGAAACUGUUUCCUCCAUGUCGGGCGGUAUUUUUGGCCGAGACUUUUACGAAUUUCAUAAAGUUUCACUGCAUUGGAAAAGUAUCACUUCGUGCAAUACCACUAGUUUGGAAUCGCGAGUAUAUUACUACAAUCAGAAAUAUGGUUCGUUCUACAAUGCUUUAUGUCACGAGGAUGGAAUUGUAAUAAUAAUUUUCCCAAUUGACACCUAUGGAGAUUUUGAUAAUCCAGGAUUCGAUGCAUUCUCCGGAAUAAUACAGCACAAACUAAGACGCCCGGGCGAUUAUACCAAAGUUUUCAGCGCUUUGACCUACAUUUGGUAUGUAUCUUUGCCAUAUGGAAGUAUUUACACUACUUUCAAGGCGGACUUGAACGAUGAUCAUACUGGAAAAACAUAUACUGCUACUGUCAUUAACCUGCCAUUAGAUCCGCGAAUAAAUUACAUGUCAAAACGUCAGUUUGCUGCCUCAUUUGGGUCUGUGAAAGGUGUAAAUGAUGUGGAAACCGAAGGCACCUUGUUACAGGACACAAGUAAUGCUAAAUCACAAAUUGAAAGGCAUAAGGGAGUUUGUAUUUUAAAUCUCCCCGCGUGAUUAGUGUGCGUUCAGAAGGAGCUCAUGUAAUGAUUGAAUAAAUAAAUUUGGGUUUUCCUUGCGUUUAUU